GAGAACAAUUGUAUCAUUUUACUUCUUUUUAAUAUAUUUUUUGACAGUUAAAGGAACAUUUAUUAUUGAAGAAACAUUUAUUAUAGUAAACUAAAAAGUGAAAGUUUUAUAUUAAAAAAAAUUAAUAGAAAUAAACAAAUGGCAUAUUUUGAACAAGACCAAGUUACUGAUAUACGAAGGUCAAAUGAUAUUGGUAAUAUAAGUUUUGGUUUUAUGUUAACUAAUAAAAUCAAUGUUGCGAUUAAAAGAAUUAAGAAGCCUCCAACUGAUAAAGUGAAUGAAUAUAAUCAUCCUAAUAUCGUUGAAUUUUUGGGAAUUUACAGCAUUAAAGACGAAAAUCAAUUAUUUUUAAUAAUGCCAUUUGCUAAGGAUGGUAAUUUAAGAAAUUAUAUAGAAAACAAUAAAUUAUCAUUUAACAGAAAGAUAGAAAUUGCGAUAAAUAUCACAAAUGGAAUUAGAUUCUUGCACAAAAACGAUAUGAUUCAUGAAAAUUUAAAUCCAAAAAAUAUUCUUAUAUUCAAUGGAAUUGCCAAAAUUACAAAUUUGCCCAAUGAUUUAUAUAUAAGAAAUAAGGAUUUAUAUAUGAAUGAUGGUCUUUUUGAUAAUAUUGGAUAUAUAGAGCCUAAUUCAAUCUUGAAUAGGAAUUAUAAGAAAAAUAAGAGCGUGGAUAUUUAUAGUUUAGGAACUCUUUUAUGGGAAAUAAUGAGUGAGAAAAUACCUUUUUCAGAAUAUCAAAAUGAUGGUAUCUUACAAUUAAUGCUUAGGAUUAAAGAAGGUUAUAGAGAAGUUGAUAUAAUAAGUGAUCCUGAAUAUGUUAAUCUUUACAAAAGUUGUUGGGAUGGAAAUAAUUUAAUUAGGCCAAAAAUCGAUGAUGUUUAUAAUCAACUUUUAAAUAUUACGAAUUACUAAUAUACUGUAUAGAAGUUAGAAUAUUAAUAAUACUAAAUUAUUAUUUUCUCUCUUUCUCUCUCUCUCUUUCUUUCUUUUUCUUUUUUAAUUAUAGACUUUUACUUUUAUAUGAAAAAAACAUUUCCUUUUAUUAUAUUUAAGAUUUUACGCUUUAUUUUUUUAUACUGUAAUUAAAUUAAAUUGAAUGCGGUUGUAUGGUCAAAAAAGUUUCCUGAUUAAAGCCACACUUUUCUUCACUCGUUAGUAACUAAUAAUAGUAUUAUUAAUGCACCACGUUAUCACAAAUAAAGCAUGCGGUUUAUGCAAU